AUGACUGACGACGGGAACUUUGCCGCACCAGGCAUCUCGUACUUCACGCCGAAGCAGAGCCCACCGGCGAGUACCGCCGUCACUCCGCAGAAGAGCGGCAAGCUUAUUCCGAAGCUCUUCCAACCGCUGAGGAUUCGUGGUGUCGAGUUCCAGAACAGGAUAUUCCUAUCGCCUAUGUCUCAAUAUUCCGCAAAAGAUGGUAUCGUAACGCCGUGGCAUAUGGCCCAUAUCGGCGGUAUAGUCUCUCGCGGACCCGGACUCACCAUGAUCGAAGCAACCUCCGUUCUUCCUGAAGGCCGCCUCUCCCCCCAGGACGUCGGGCUCUGGUCCGACGAGCAGAUCAAGCCCCUCGCGCAGCUCGUCGAGUUCGCGCACUCCCAGAGCCAGAAGAUCGCUAUCCAGCUCGCGCACGCGGGGCGCAAGGCAUCGAGCGCCCCGCCCUGGUUGAGCGCCGGGCCGGUAGCCUCGAAAGAGACGGGCGGGUGGCCAGACGAGGUCGUUGGCCCGUCCCCAGUGCCGUUCCAUGAGGCGUACCCGAUACCGAAGGAGCUGACGAAGGAGGGAAUUGGGAGGGUGGUGAAGGCGUUCGCGGAGGCGGCGAAACGCGCUGUGCAAGCUGGGUUUGAUGUGAUUGAGGUCCAUGCCGCUCAUGGAUAUCUGUUGUCCACGUUUUUAAGUCCUACGAGCAAUCGGCGCACGGAUGAGUAUGGAGGAAGCUUCGAGAAUAGGAUUCGGCUGACCUUGGAAGUGGUGGACGCGAUUCGUGCUGUCAUCCCUGAUACGAUGCCGCUUUUCCUGAGGAUCUCCGGCACGGAGUGGCUCGAGGAAAUCGCACCCAACGAGCCCUCGUGGUGCGUGGAAGACACUACCCACCUAGCCCCUAUCCUCGCCGAGCACGGUGUCGACCUCCUCGACGUCUCUGCAGGCGGGAUAGACUGGCGCCAAAAAAUACGCCCAGGGCUCAAGUACCAAGUCCCUUUCGCAGCUGCGGCGAAGAGAGCCGUAGGCUCGCGCAUGCUGGUCAGCGCCAUCGGCGGCCUCGCCAAUGGAGUCGUCGCGGAGGAGGUCCUGCAGGCUGGGGACGCGGAUGCUGUAUUUAUCGGAAGGGCGUUCCAGAAGAACCCUGGUGUGGUGUGGAAGAUGGCGGAUGACCUUGGUGUGGAGAUUCAUGUGGCGAACCAGAUUAAGUUGGGAUUCACUGGGAGGAGCAUUCAGUUGAUGGGAGAGAGUGACGCGUCGAAGGAAGAGGGAAAGCUGUAG